CAUCUCUAUCCAUGUAAAAGAGAUCGGAGUGCCACUCGUGUAUAUAUAUAGUUACACUUACUUCUUCGACUGUGUAUAAUAUAUAUGUGUGUGUGUACAGUGCUCGCUUCUACGUGGCUGACUCCGAAACAAUAUAUACUUAAUAAGCAAAAAGGGGCACACGGAGAAUAAGUUACAAGUAUGUACAACGUAUAAGUAUACGGACACGAGAGUAUAAGACUGCAAAAAAAAUAAAAAAAAAAAAAAGGAGAGAAAGACGCCGCAGUCUGUCUCUCGCGCGCGCGCCCCGAGAAAGAGAAAAUGUCGCCGUGGUUGGCAAGUGCGGAGUGCAGAUGUGACGAGGAUGCACCAUGAAGACGACACCGCUGGCACCGGCAGUGGAUAGAGCACACUGUGUGUGUGUGUUUUUUUGCGUGGUAUCGGCACAUCCUGAUGGCCUCGGGUUCAAUACUCCUCACCCCCCUGCCCCGAGUAUAGUGUAUCGUAGAGGAACAUGAUCGAGGGACGAUUUUUAACGAUUUUUUUUUAAGAAAAAUUUUUUGCCGAUACACCAUCAGCCGCUUCUCUCGUUAAACAGUGUCUCCCCGUCAGCGGUGAAAGUGGAGAAUAUUACACCCCUAUUACAGUGCAGUGUGUGUGUGUGUGUGUGUGUAUGGUACUUGGCUUGGUCGCGCUGCGGGGCAAAUCAAUCGAUCGGCGAAGAUGACGAGGCGAGCCUGGAAAAACUCAUCCGUCCUCUUCGCCGUCGUCGUCCUCCUCGUCUCGGCAGCCUCGGCCCGUCACAACACUCGCGUCAGCAGCACCGAUCCCCUAGCUCCCCACGGAAAAUGCGAACGCAUCACCAUCAACCUCUGCAUGGACAUGCCCUACAACGAGACGAUCAUGCCGAAUCUGUUGAACCAGCAAAAGCAAGAGGACGCUGGUCCCGAGGUCCACCAGUUCUCUCCUCUGGUGAAGCUCAAGUGUAGCCCCGACCUAAAGUUCUUCCUUUGCGCGAUGUACGCGCCCGUGUGCACGAUCCUGGACAAGGCGCUACCCCCGUGCAAGUCGCUCUGCGAGAGCGCCAGGAACGGCUGCGAGAAGCUCAUGAACAACUUUGGCUUCUAUUGGCCGGAGAGCAUGGAUUGCAACAAGUUCCCGGAGAACGGGGGCGCGGAGUUGUGCGUCGGCAGGAACGAGUCCUCGCCCACCGAAGUGCCCCUCGUGGACGACGCCAAGCUACCCGCCCCGGAGUUCCAUCCUGGCUUCAUGCUGGGGGCACGGAACUACGGCUUCGUCUGUCCCGUGCAGUUCAAGGUGAUGCCCGGGCUGGGCUACUCGUUGAAGGUCGGCAAAAAAGUCGAGCCCAACUGCGCGGCGCCCUGCGACGGCAUGUUCUUCACCGAGAAGGAAAGAACGUUCUCGAGGGUCUGGAUCGGCACGUGGGCGACCCUAUGCGCUGCUUCCUGCUUCUUCACCUUUUUGACCUACCUCAUCGACACGGACAGGUUCAGGUAUCCGGAGAGGCCCAUCAUCUUCUUGUCAAUAUGUUACUUGAUGGUUGCUCUGACCUACAUCGUCGGUUGGGCCUCUGGAAAAACAAUAGCCUGCAAAGAGCCGUUCGCGCCCCCGUUGGGCAUGAGGAUCCAGAUGCCCUUCACCAUAACGCAAGGCACGAAGCACGAAAUGUGCACCCUGUCGUUCAUGAUUCUUUACUUUUUCGGGAUGGCUUCGAGCAUCUGGUGGGUCGUGCUGACCCUCACCUGGUUCCUGGCCGCUGGCCUCAAGUGGGGCCACGAGGCGAUCGAGGCCAACUCUCAGUACUUUCAUUUGGCCGCUUGGGCCGCUCCAGCGAUCAAGACCGUCUCCAUCCUCGCGAUGGGAAAAGUCGAAGGCGAUGUUCUGUCGGGCGUUUGCUACGUGGGCCUGUACAACGUCGAGGCCCUCCGAGGUUUCGUGCUGGCUCCCCUGUGCGUGUACCUCGUGCUCGGGACGAUCUUCCUGCUGGCCGGCUUUGUCUCGCUCUUCCGCAUCCGCACGGUGAUGAAGCACGACGGGACAAAGACGGACAAACUCGAGAAGCUCAUGAUCCGAAUCGGCAUCUUCUCGGUCCUGUACACCGUGCCCGCCCUCAUCGUCAUCGCCUGCCUCUUCUACGAGCAGGCCUACUUCGACAGUUGGAUGCUCACCUGGAACAGCGACAUGUGCUCGCGACCCCUGUACUCGAUACCGUGCCCGGUGGGCUUGCCGCCCACAAAUUUGGGCAGAAAACCGGAUUUCGCGGUUUUCAUGAUCAAGUACGUCAUGACGAUGAUCGUCGGCAUCACGAGCAGCUUUUGGGUCUGGUCGAGUAAGACUCUCAUCAGUUGGAGGCAGUUUUUUCACUACAUGAGGGGGACGCGUACAAACACGUACGUAUAGGCACUGCCUCAGACGACGAGGACGAGGUAUAACAAUAAUGUAUGUCCAUUGGAUUGUUGGAUCGUCAAUUGUUCUCUUUUGUUUGGCUUUCUUUUUUCCAUCUCCAUCUAUACACCUAAUACAUGGGAAUUGAUAACAAAUAUCUACUAGUGUUUAAAAGACAAAAAAAAAAAAAAACAAUACAAAACUAACGAUUUAAAGUGCAAGUUAUUCGUUGCGUGUAUACUCAACUUUUUAAGCUUGAACUUUGAGUGUUCAAAGACUACUGUGGUCUUUUGUGAGAUGUCAUUAAAUAUUUUUAUGCGGAUGUGUUGAUUGCAGGUGGUUACGUGAACAAACAAUAAGAGCAGAGAAUAAAAAAGCUUUCUCUACUAUUGGGAGUAAUCAAUGACAAUUGAUGUAAAUGUGGCAUUACUUUGUCGUCAAUUUUUUUUCGCAAAAUGGAUAUUAAUUGAAUAUCUUGGUAACCAUCAUCCUCAUGCAAUACAAUGUAUUACUGGGUAUGAAAAUAUUUAAUGUGUCAAAAACAGCUGAGAGGGCAAUUAAUGUGCGUUUGCAUUUAAUCAAAAGACUGUUGUAACUGCAAAAUAUCCUCAUGAGUUCUAAUAGCUCAUCGACUGAUUGUUAAUGCAACUGCCAAAACUUUUUUACUGCAUUGAUACGCUGUGCAUACUCAAAAGUAAAAUCACGUUCAUUUACUGGUUCGAGAAAAAAAAAAAAAAAAGUUUUUUUUUCUGCUACAACAGUAAGUGUAAUAAAAAAGAUGUUAACUAAAGUUACUCUCAAUCGCAUCCAAGUUCACUUGUAUAUUGGAAUUGUGGAUGAGCCUUGAUUUUCGUGUUCCUACAGCGUCGACGAUAACACAUUGGUUCUAACAAAAGAGAUCUGAUGGAUGAAAGCAAUUUUGCGCGUAUGACCCCCUAACGUUGUGUUUGAUUUUUUUUUAUUUUUUUUUUUAUUUCGUGAUUAACGAAAAUUGUGUGCCAAUUAAUUUGUUAAAGCUAUCACUGUUUUUAAUGCAGUUUGUAAAUCAGGAUUAAUUUGUUUUAUUAGAAAGAAAGAAAAAAAAAAACACGAUUUUUACAAUGUUAAUCUUUUAUUUUAUAAAGAGCAUAAGACGCUUGAAAAUUGUAUGUAAUCAAAUUUUUCAUGACUUUUUAUCAAAAAAAAUAUUUAUACCUUUCAAUUAUUAUUGUGCCUCGUGAUAAUAGCAAUUAAACAUAAAAAUGCACAAUAUUUCAGAGAAAUUCUUCCAUGACAUGUUUGACCAAAUACUGACGUUUUUCGAUACUACAUUAUAGCCAUUUCGUAUUAAAUUUAAAUGCCAAUCAAAUCCAAAUUUGAUAAAAAGUCUCGUGUACUAGAAAUAAUGUU